AUAAAUUUAUUUUUUUUAUUUCUGUGGAUUUUGUUAGGAUCUGGUACCGGAAUCACAGUUUUUAAAGAACGACAAGGAUUCCCUGCAUUACCGGGUAUUAGUCCCGUGGGAUGCCGUCCAGACAAAACUCCCGGAUUUGAGAUUCUGUUGCGCUCUAGUUUUUCUUUUAUCAAACAGUUAAGAAAAUUUUAUUUUUAGAUUCAAUUGGUAAAAAAUGUUUCCAAAAAUUCUCAAGUGUAUUCCGGCUGUCAAAGUUGCAACAACUCUUCAAACGACGAAUCCGGUGCUUUUCUUGCAAGCGCGAGGUGUUAGUAGGCGCCCACAUGAGAUUGGUGCGCCUCCUCAACGUCAUAUGAGCUUUUUUCAACACGCUGCACUUUUUUCUUCUUUGGUUUUUCUGAUGCUCUCGUAUCCAACCUAUCUGAUGUGCAAUCUUGACAAUCUCCGUGAUCUUCCACCGCAGGAAUUUUCUGAAGAAGUGAAGGCCGAGUUGGAAGAGCGUAGGAAGCUUCGUGCUGAAGGCAAAUUGAACGUUUUGGUUGCUAAGACUUGAAGA